UGCGGCGGGCGGCACAGUGCUGCGGGCUGAAAGAAGCAGGAGAAGAUGAGGAGUGGACGGUGUACUGGACAGACAACUCGGUCUCUCUGAAGCACAUCAAGGAGAUGAAGCGUUUCCAGAAGAUCAACCAUUUCCCAGGCAUGAUAGAGAUCUGCCGCAAGGACUUGCUGGCUCACAACCUCAACCGCAUGCUCAAGCUCUUCCCCAAGGAGUACAACAUAUUUCCCCGCACCUGGUGCCUGCCAGCUGACUACAGAGAUUUCCAGGCCUACAGAUGUGCGAGGAAAAACAGAACGUUCAUCUGCAAGCCAGAGAACAGCUGCCAGGGGAAGGGGAUCUUCGUAACACAUAAUCCAGAGGAGAUCAAACAUGCAGAGCACAUGAUCUGCCAGCAGUAUAUCUCCAAGCCUUUUCUUAUUGAUGGCUUUAAAUUUGACAUGCGUGUCUAUGUGCUGAUCACGUCUUGUGACCCACUGAGGAUUUUUGUCUACAAGGAGGGUCUGGUCCGGUUUGCCACCAUGAAGUACGUCGAUCCCAGCAGCAGAAACCCGGAUGAUAUCUGCAUGCAUUUGACCAAUUAUGCUAUCAACAAACAUAACGAAAACUUCAUCCAGGAUGACAUGACGGGCAGUAAGAGGAAACUGUCCACCCUGAACGCCUGGAUGACGGAUAACAACUAUGACACAGAAAAGCUUUGGGAAGCUAUUGAAGAUAUUAUUAUAAAGACUCUUAUUUCAGUUCACCCUGUUGUGAAGCACAAUUACCAAAGCUGCUUUCCAAACCACACUGCUGGCUGUGCCUGCUUUGAGAUACUGGGCUUUGAUAUUUUGCUGGACAGAAAGUUGAAGCCAUGGCUGCUAGAGGUGAACCACUCCCCCAGCUUCACCACAGACUCUCGCCUCGAUCGUGAGGUAAAGGAUGCUCUCCUCUGCGAUACCCUGAACCUGAUAAACGUGCAUGCCUGUGACAAAAGGAAGGUGCUGGAGGAAGACAAACAGCGGGCAAAGGAGCGGCUCCUCCAGGCCCGUCAGGCCCCCCGUGCAUCCAGACACAAGGAGCUGGAGACCCACCAGGCCGCCUGGCUGUCGCAGGCAGAGAAGUAUGAGAACUCACACCUGGGCGGGUUCCGGCGCAUUUAUCCGGCAUGUGGAACUGAGAAAUACGAGCCGUUUUUCAAGCAGAGUAGCUCCCUCUUCCAGGAAACAGUGACAUCCAAAGCACGAGAGGACUGUGCCAGGCAGCAACUGCAGGAAAUUCGCCUGAAAAGAAAGAAGUUGGAAGCUGUUACCAUAAAGAAAAAAAAGAAAACAAAGAGGAAAGAAGACCUGCACGGAGAGUCAGCUGGGGACAAAUCCCAGACCCAUAAAAAAACCACAGCUCCGACAACCUGCCGCAGUUGUCGAAGCACUAGGACAUGGGACACAAAGUGCGUGCACUACGACUCUACGCAGCCUCAGGAUAUUGUGGAACGCGAGGAGAAGAGAAGAGUGAAUGCUCUUCUGCAGCGCGAGAACCGUAUCCGAAGACUGGGUAUCAUAGAUCAGCUCUCUCAGCUGCUCCCCAAGACUGACAGACCAGCCGACACCCAGAGACCUGGCAUGGUUAUCCCCGACAACCAG